GAUAGCCACGUUGCUCUUUCAGGCUUAGCGGUCUUCUGUUGCGGUCAGACCUCUGGCAACAUCAUCUGCGAUGAAACGAUCUCUCUCCAUCCCAUCCUGAAAAUUGGAUGAUGCUGCCUGUUCUUCCCUUCAUUACGGAGGAUGCGACUCGCAUCUUAAGAGAAAUCGAUUUUGUCAACGACCUUGCUUCAUGAUGACUGGUACUCUUCUGAAUCUUCUGUUGCAUAGCGGAAGGUGGCUCUUAACUCUAGUAUUCGCUUCGCAGAGUUGGGCGUACACCUUACCCGACUCCUUUAAUUGGAAUCAGAUUGAGCCUACUUCGCAUCUGAAUUACACGACCUGCUAUGACGGACUAGAAUGUUCUCGCCUGCUUGUUCCCCUGGAUUGGCAAAACUCGACCACCGACAAACAAGUCACAUUGGCUGUUGCAAGACUGGCAGCCAAGGUUGAUCCUUCAGAUUCAACUUUCGGAGGUACGAUCAUUAUCAACCCGGGUGGUCCUGGCGGAUCUGGUGUGGACUUGCUGAUGUGGUCCGGAGCCGGCAUACAGGAAAUAGUCGAUGGAGACAAACACUUUGAGAUUCUCUCAUUUGACCCACGAGGCAUUCAUCACACCAGUCCGAUGGCAAGCUGCUUCGAAGAAGAUGGUGCUCGGAGCCGUUUUGAAAUAGUAGAUGUGUCUGCUGGAAGUGUCGAAGAUUCAGCAUCAUCACUCAACACAAAAUGGGCCCUGGCUGAAGGAUUAGGCAAGUUGUGCUCUUCCACUGACGCUGGUGUCUGGCCAGAUGGGACCGACAUUAGACAAUAUGUCAGCACCUUGCAAGUAGCGUAUGACAUGCUUCAUUUGACUGAGGUGAUUGAAGAAGAACGGAUUCUCUCAAGAUAUGAGGUGGGCGUCGUCACCGAAGCAGCACAGCAGAUUGUGAAGACAAAGCCCCAACCGUUGCUCAACUACUGGGGCUUUUCGUAUGGAACAUACCUGGGCAAUACAUUCGCAAGCAUGUUCCCAGAUCGUAUCGGACGUAUGAUACUCGACGGCGUUGUUGAUGCCUCAGACUACACAGCAAGCGGCUGGCGCACCAAUCUUCAAGACAAUCAUAAAGUUUGGAGACUCUUCCAUCAAUGGUGUUUCGAGGCUGGCCCAAGAUGUCUACUGAACGAUAACUCAACGAAAGAAUGGACCCAGAUAGAAUCCAAAGUCGAUAAGUUUCUCAAUCACCUCAAAUCCAAUCCGCUCUCCAUCGUAUUCCGACACAGGAUUUACCUCCUGCGCUACUUUGAUCUCGAAAAACUGAUGCACAGCGCUUCUUAUGCGCCAUGGCAAGUCUGGCCUCUUUUAGCCCAAGGUCUUGCAGCACUCAUCCAAGGCGACACGUCAACAUUUACAUCUUUGUUCGAAUUCAGCACUUGGAUACCUCGCCCUAGCAAUCUUCCGCCACUCCAGCUUCUUAAUCCAUUCAACAACCACUCGGCUCCUUACCCGCCUUCGUAUCCCUCUGGACUCGAAGCAUCUAUUGCAAUUCUCUGUGGCGACGGCGAGGACAUCACCUCCGAAUCCAAAUCAGACUAUCUCUCCUACCUCGACGAGCUACUGGACCAGUCACAAUUGAUCGGGCCUGUCUGGGCCGAGAUCACACUCCAUUGCCGCAGCUGGCCCAAAUCCGCACGCCCGUCGUCAAGAAACCGUUUCACAGGCCCCUUCGGCACCAAAGCCCAUGAACGAGGCACUGGAAAAGACGAUGGGACUGGCCUUAUGCUGUUCAUCGGCAACACAGCGGACCCAGUAACGCCGUUGCAGAAUGCUUACAAGAUGGCGGAAGGCCAUGAAGGGAAAGGCGUGGGCCUAUUGGUUCAGGAAACACCAGGACACUGUAGUGGUGUUAACAUACCGAGUCAGUGUACAUGGGGUGUUAUUAGCAGAUUCUUCAAUAAUGCAGAGUUGCCCGAGAGAGACAAGAGGUGUGAGAUUGAUUGGAAGCCGUGGGAUAUGGUUUGAAGAUUAUGGAAACCUGGAGGCAGGAACCGUACUGGAAUGGGGAGGUCGGAAACUGCCGCUGCGAGGGUGAGGUGGAGGGUGAGAGGGUUGAGUCGGGCUGAGCUGGAUUUAUAGGUUAAAGCGGCACGGUUUGGGUGAGCGCCCAGACUAGUGAGGCAAGCUCGCCG